CUCAUUAGUCUUCGCUGAAAACGGAAACGCAAAGUCAAAAUGAAGUUCAAAAUCAUACUGUUUUUCCUAACGGCCAGUACUUUUGGGAAUAACAUAAGCCCAUGGGAAAGUCACGAUGGCAAUGAAGAUGCUAGGUGGUUUUUAGAUGCUGCACAAGAUACUAUUGAUGUCAGAGAAAUUAGUGUUUGUAAUACUCCCGACUGCAUACUUAUCGCUAAAGAUCUUUCGGGCGGAAUGAACAAAUCAGCAGAUCCAUGUGAGAAUUUCUAUGAAUACACAUGCGGAUCAUUUAAAAAAAUUCAUCCUAUUCCCCCUUCUAUGGCUACGUUUAGUAGACUUUUGUUGUUUCAACAAUUGGUUUAUGAUCGUUUGAAAGGAAUUCUGGAAACAACUCCUGAGCCGGACGAUAUUUUGCCAUUGAGACAGGCCAAAAAAUGGUAUCGCGCUUGCAUGGAUACAGAGACACUCGAAAAACGAGGCUUAGAUCCAAUAGAGUCUGUUCUGAUGCAAGUUGGAGGCUGGCCGAUGACUAUUGACGCCGAAGAAUGGGACGAAACCGAGCAUCCGUGGCAGCGAAUUGAGCAACACUAUUUCCAAAUAACUGGCUCCUAUGUAUUUUACAAAUUUACGCCUGAUUAUUCCAACACUUCCGUGAUUAAAGUGGAGAAAGGCGAUCUUCCACUCGCCAAUAAACUUCCAUUUGAAUUUAAAAAUUAUGCAGGAGAAGAAUAUGAAAAUUACAGGGAGUUCAUUUCGGCUGUAGCUCUACUUUUUGUUGCACACAAUAGCGCAAAUAUUACUCUUGAUGAUAUUUUCAAGGAUGUCAGCGAUAUGAUUGAGUUUGAAAAACAAUUGAAUUUGCUUUCAGAAAGCGAUAGUGAAGAUGCCGAGAGUGUCAAGACUUUAGAUGAGUUUCAAGCUUGGUACGAUGAAAAUACAAUCGAUCAAGGCAACAAAGUUAGGGUGAAGAAAUUAAUCAGAAGAUUAUUGGAAACAGUAAAUCAUGACCCAGAAAGUGUCAAGUACUUAUCAAUUCCCAGUAUGGAGUAUUUUGUUAAACUGCAGCUAAUAAUGAACAACACUCCCAAGCGAACUAUAAUAAAUUAUAUCCACUGGAAUUUUAUAAGUGAUAUGCUUGCGGCAACGGUCGAAGAAAUGCGGGAUGUAUUUUUUGUCUUAAUGAACAAACAGUUUGGAGUCUCGGAAAGAGAGCCACGCUCAGUCGAGUGUGCAAAAGAAAUAAAAAUGCUCAAAGCAACCGGAUACGCAUUUGCUCAGAAAUAUUUUUCUAAAGACGUUGACACUAAUGUCAGAAGUAUGGUCGACCAUGUAGGCGAGGAAAUGAAAAUACAGAUUCAAAGAUCAGAUUGGCUGGAUGAUGGUACUAAAAAAAUAGUUACCGACAAAAUAGACGAUAUGGGACUAUUUGUGGGCACUCCUGAAUGGUACAAAAACAGAACAUACGUUCUCAAUUCCUACAAAGGGCUUGUUAUCAGCAACAAUCACUUUGAUAAUAUACUCAGUUAUAAAAAAUAUGAAAUGAGAGAAAAACUACGCAAUGCAUUGGCCGGCCUAGCACCCGAUGCAGGUGAAUCGGACGUAAACAUACUUGAAGUUAAUGCAUACUAUGAUCCUUACUCUAAUACUAUGGUUGUACCUGUUGCCGAUCUGCAGCCCCCAUUUUUCACUUCAAGUCUUCCCAAUAACGUUAACUACGGAAUGAUUGGAGCAGUGAUUGGACAUGAAUUAGGACACGCCUAUGACGUUAACGGGUUGAAAAUAGGUCUAGAACAACAAAAGCUUGAACUUCCUAAGGAGAUAAUGGACAAGUAUGAUCAACGCGCGGGAUGUUUCAUCGAGCAAUUCAAAGAGUACUUUAAGGAGCCGGGUUCUAAUGACGGAACUAAUUCCGAAGACCAAGGAAAAAAACUAAGUCGUCAGACUCAAGGAGAAAAUAUGGCAGACACGACAGGGUUGAACGCAGUUUACGAUGCCUGGAAGAGAAUGAUAGAAUCGAAAGGUCCUGAAAGUAGACUACCAGGUUUUGAAAACUAUUCCGACGAACAAAUGUUCUUCAUUGGAUUCGGAGCCCUGUGGUGCACAGAAUCUACGGCAGAGUAUGCGGAAGCAUUAAGGGAACAAGAUGAACACAGUCCCGCGGAUUUAAGAGUACUUGGCGCAAUUUCAAAUAGCGAGGAGUUUGCUCGUGCUUUCAAUUGUCCGAAAGGCACCCGGAUGAACCCGGAAAAGAAAUGUAAUAUUUGGUAAAAUAUUGAGGCACAUACUGAGCUCGAAAAAGCCAAUCGAGGACUCAGGAACAAGAAACAUCAUCCCUGGGAUUUUUAUUGGUCAAGAGAUUAUCAUUGAUUGAAAUAUUACAUUUAUACAUACGAUAUACGUUGAACGAUGUUUUUUAAAUAUAUGUAUUCUUAUAUUUGAAUAAAAAAAGUAUAUUGCUUCAA